CUUAUACCUUUUCGUUUCGAAACAUGAAAUUUUACAUGUUCUAAUAUUUUAAAGGUCAAGCAACAACAGCGACAACGACAGAGUUAAAAUGAUGUCUAGGAUGUUUAUUGUGGCCUCCAAAUCAGCUGAGAAUCAGUUGCUUCGGAGGUGUAUCGCUUCUUUCACGUCUAAGAGUAAUGUUAUGCAAACUCAAUGCUUAAAAUGCAGGAAACCUAUUCAAGUACAAUCAGUGUCAAAAUACACGACACUCGCUGCUAAAUGCCAGAAUCUUAGGCUUACUGGGAACAUUAGGCAAAACAGUAAAAAGUUGUUUGGAGUUGCCCUGAAUACAUUGCGACAGACAACCACAUCAGCAGGUGCUGUAGAGAUUCCUGCUAGAGCACAGAAGAUUGUUGGAACAUGGCUGUUAGGGUGUGCUGGCAUGUGCUUUGGAGCAGUAGUCCUCGGUGGAGUGACAAGGUUAACAGAGUCUGGUCUUUCUAUGGUUGACUGGAAUCUUAUCAAAGGCAUGAAACCACCUUUAACACAAGAGGAAUGGGCGGCAGAAUUUCUCAAAUAUCAAGAAUUUCCUGAGUUCAAAUAUUCAGAGAGCCAUAAUGAGAUGACAUUGAGCCAGUUCAAGUGGAUAUGGUUCAUGGAGUACUACCAUAGAAUGUGGGGAAGGACAAUAGGGCUGGUGUUUGCACUACCUGCUAUUUACUUCCUGAGAAAGGGCUGGAUUUCUAAAGCUAUGAAGCCUCGCCUUGCUGUCUAUGGAACUCUUCUCCUUUGCCAGGGUCUGCUAGGCUGGUACAUGGUAAAGAGUGGCUUAGAAGAGAAAACAUCCCAGAGUGAUAAUAUCAGAGUUAGCCAGUACAGACUGGCCUCUCACUUAGGCUCUGCAUUCCUCCUUUAUGUUCUUUUUCUCUGGGGUGGCAUGUCCCAUGUUCUCAAGCCAAAUCAGUUGCCAAACACAAAACAGAUAAGGAUUUUGAGGGGGCUCUCACAUCCGGCAAUGGGAUUGGUUUUCCUCACAGCAGUAUCAGGUGCAUUUGUAGCUGGGCUAGAUGCAGGACUGGUUUACAACAGCUGGCCAAAGAUGGCAGAUAAAUGGAUUCCUGAUGACAUCGCUGCAUUCACACCUAAGUGGAAAAAUGUAUUUGAAAAUCCAACAACAGUUCAGUUUAACCAUAGACACCUUGCUGAGUUUACAGUAUUUUCUCUACUAUGUCUGGCAGGCUAUUCUCUUAGAGCACCCCUCCCUCCAAGGGCCAGAAAGGCUGGUAUUGCCCUUGGUGCCAUGGCCCUUGCACAGGCUGGCCUUGGUGUUUGGACUCUACUAUCGUAUGUUCAUACUCAUGUAGCUGCUACCCACCAGUCUGGAUCCUUGGUUCUGCUCACUCUUGCUGCAUGGUUUGCGCAUGAACUAAGACGUUUCCCUAAAUAAGCUCAAGGUUGAACCUUCUAUACCAGGGAUGUCAUUGUGAACUCAAUGGGCUACCUUAAAUUAUGGACAUGUAGUCUAUUCUUUCAUCAAGCUUAAGUUUGAAUGUAAAAACAUUUAUUUAAUGUAUUGCCCACAUGCUUAGCAUACAAGUGAAUCUGAACUAGCUCUAUGACCAUGACUGCAGAGUAAGAUCAAUGAAAUUUCAAUAAUUGUUGGUCGCCGAUUUGGCAAUGAAGUGAUUACCAAUUACCGAUACGUCAUCUGUGGAUAAUGGUUGUACGUGAAUCUGUCUGACUGAGAUUCUUGAAGUCAGCAAUCAGAUGACAAGUUUGAGUUGAAUUUUCACAAUUCUACUUAUUCUUCAAAUAAUUGCCAUGACUUCCGAAAAACACAUUUGUGAGAACAUUAACUCGUUGACUCAGUUCAAGUGGCUGAAGAGAGUGAGGGUUGUUUUUGAAAUCUAAAUCAAUGAUAAUUUAUGAAUAAUAUUACAUAAUGUAACGCAUUUGAUGUGUAUGCCCUCAGAAAAGAUUUUCAUGUGUAUCAUUUUAUAUUCAAGUAAAAUAUCAAUAAAUUAUGAUUGAGGGAAAUGGAUGACUGAAUGUCCAUAUUGAUGUCAUGGUGAUAUGAUUAAAAACAUAAACAUGAAUUUGAUGACUAUGUUUUACUAACAACAUAGUUUUUCAAAAAUGAUAUGUGGAUGUGUAUCGAAGUACAUGUACUAAGUAUGGAUGAUACACCUUUAAAUUACAUGUCAUAUCAAUGAAGUAACAUUAAUAAUCAUGGCAUUUAAUAAUGUGUCAAGCAUUCAUUUUGAUAAAAUCAUUUCUGGAAAAGAUUAUGUAGCAGAACUUUUGUUAUGUCACCACCAAAAAG